GUCAGGUCCAAUCGGCUACUGCGGCCCUUCUUAGCAUUACAGAACCAACCCACUUGAUACAAUCCCACGAGAACUCAGCCAUGCUCGUGCGUCUUGACAGCUGGAGGGUGGAGUUUCACGUUCAUUUGGGCUGAGCCAUGUGCGUGGGAAGAACAUCCGAUAUGGAGGUGAGAGAACACUAUUAAAACUCUUCAGCCCGGAGGUUGUGUGAUCGAUUGCCAUUUGCUUUUUCCAAGACUUUCUCUACGAACGAUAAUCCAACGGCUUACUAUUAUCAUUUGCGCCUGUUGAUCAUAUCAGAUCAUCCCCGCCUCAUUGGUCCUUUCACAUCCAUACUACAUCUGUCUAGAGCCGAGCAUAAAUAUUCCAGCCCGGCUGAGUAGCCAUGAAGAAGAACGACCUUGAGUCUCAGCUACCGCACGAGAAGUCCGGCGCCUCCUCGACCUCGGCCUCCGAGGACUUCAAACCCGUCUUCCCUGUCACAGACCUCUCGCAGGGUCUUGUCGGAUGGGAUGGCCAGGAUGAUCCGGCCAACCCGCAGAACUUCCCCACCUCGAAGAAAUGGACCUUGCUGGCGCUCAUCAGCUCCAUCACCUUCAUCUCGCCGCUCGCGUCCAGCAUGUUCUCCCCGGCGAUCGGUUUCGUGGCUAGGGAGUUCAUGGUCACUAACGAGACCUUGCUGUCCUUCAGCGUGACCAUCUUCCUCUUGGGGUUCGUGUUCGGACCUCUGCUCCUCGCCCCUCUCAGUGAGAUCUACGGCCGCCGAGUCGUUCUCAGCGCCGCAAAUUGGUUCUUCGUUGUCUGGCAGGUCGGCUGUGCCAGGGCCCCGAACAUGACCACGCUCAUCGUGUCGCGCUUUUUUACCGGCGUUGGCGGCUCGGGCUGCGUCACGCUCGGCGCCGGUGUCAUCGCGGACUUGUUCCCGACGGAGAUGCGCGGUCGGGCCACCGCCAUCUGGGCCAUGGGUCCUCUUAUUGGGCCCAUCGUGGGCCCUAUCUGCGGUGGAUUUGUCGGCGAGACGAUCGGCUGGCGAUGGGUCUUCUACCUCCUGAUCAUCAGCGGGGCGGUUAUCUCGGCCGGCAUCGAGGUUCUGAACCAGGAAACGUACGCACCGCUGCUGAUCCGGUGGAAGACGGCGCGCCUGGCCAAGGAGCUGAACCGCGUCGACCUGCGCAGCGUCUAUGAAGUGACGGGCAGCAAGCACCAAGCCCCGCCGACCGCCCGCCAGGUCCUGGCACAAGGCCUCAAGCGGCCCGUGGUGCUAUUUUGCAAGUCGCCCAUCGUGCUCCUCCUCUCCGUGUACAUCGCAUUCGUAUACAGCCUGCUGUACCUUUUCUUCACCACCGUGACCUCCGUCUUCGAGGAGCGGUACGGCUUUUCGACCGGCCUCGCCGGCCUCGCAUACAUCGGCAUCGGCACGGGCUUCUUCAUCGGCCUGCUGGCCGUGUCGCUGACCAACGACCGCAUGGUCAUCAAGCUGACCGCCCAGAACGGCGGCAAGUUCGAGCCCGAGAUGCGCCUGCCCCUGAUGUUCAUCUUCAGCUGCAUCAUCCCCAUUUCGUUUUUCUGGUACGGCUGGUCGGCCGAAAACGCGCAGAAGGUCCACUGGAUUGUGCCCAUCAUCGGCAUGGUUCCCUUCGGCAUUGGCAUGCUCGGGAUUUGGAUGCCCAUCCAGACCUACGUCAUCGACGCCUACCCGGCCUAUGCGGCCUCCGCGAACGCCUCCAUGACUGCGUCAAGAUCUCUGAUGGGCGCCCUAUUGCCGCUGGCGGGGCCCACCAUGUUUCGCAACAUGGGCAUCGGAUGGGGCAAUUCGCUGUUAGGCUUCCUAGCCCUGGCCUUCGUGCCGGUUCCGUUGCUGUUCAACCGCUAUGGAAAGACCAUCAGGGAACGAUUUCCCGUGGACUUGGAUGGAUAAAGCCUGAUUAGGAUGACGAAGUUGACGAUCCCAUGACAUGUGUUGCUAGACUCCCGCUAUUCCCAUAUAGAAUAUAGACUGUACUUCUUUCUCGA